AUGGCUGCCUGUCCAGCCACCAUCCACGCUCUCAACGUGUAUGGCGAUUCCCUCCAGCGUCUCGAUCUCGACCAACAGCAGCUCUUCAACGACCUAAUCGUUCGCGUUCUUCAAGUCGAGUGCGCCAGUGCGCCUCAAGAUCUUAGCCACAGCGCUUCUAUGCAACCUACCCACGUUGUCUCCAAGUUCGAUCAUUCAUCCAACAACUUGGCCGUCCCGAAUUCACUUUCCAGCUGCGCCCAAUUGGAUGACGCCGCUCAGCAUGGCUUCGCACCUUGCCCUCCUUCCAACCUUCCUAAGUUUGGUGGUGCCUCGCAGCACGAAGAGCCUAACUCUACUCCCAAGCCUUCUUCUGCUCCCAACUUCGCCCACUCUGAUGACGCCGUGCAGCGCAACGAGCCUUCUUCUGCUCCAGUUCAUCACCAGCACUACGAAAAUAGUCGCAAGGAUGAAUCUUCCACUGUUCAGCACGACGACGAGUGUCCGCAGACCGCCUCCUUAAGUACCAGUGAUUCAGUCGUCGUGUCCGAGACAUACUCCACUCAAUCACACAGCUUGUACGAUGAUAAAGUCCUUAAAGUCAACCUCAGCGCUGCUACUUCGCCAGUGACUCAGCCCGUCAUCAACAAGGUUCAUGUCACUACUUCAGUCCCUCUCGAAUCCAACAAAACCCCAGCUGAGUCAACGGCUGCGCCUCGAGUCAACAAGUUCAGAAGAGAUGGUCGUCGCUCAUCUAGAUUUGUUCCUUCGAUCAUGUUGCGACCCACUACGCGCAGCAGGAGACUCCUUAUUGAAGGACCCGAUGACAGGGCGCACUUGGGCAUUGACGACGAGGAAGAAGAGCACUCAUCAGAUGACGAAGACGACGACCAACAAAACAAUUUCUCGAUGAUAUUCCAUCAUUUUCCGGAUCCUGAAAGUACAGACUUCGUCUCUGUAGAUCUGGAACACGUCAAGUCCCUACUCGAGUACUGCCCAUACAGUUUGACCUACUCCGGCCGAGCUUGUCCUCUUGGUGAAGACUGUACACUGAAGAAGGUCUGCCAUCGCAACAGUAACCCGGUUGGAUGUUCCAAGGAAUCUUGCCCAUACUCUCACGACAUUCUCGUAUCAUGCCGUACGUUCUUGAAGGAUCGCCGCUGCAAGCAUGCUGCUGCCUGUAGGUACAACCACGAUCAUGACCUGCGUGUCGCAGUGAGAGACAAGAUCGACGACCACGUCAAGCACUGUCUGUUCGGCGCAAAGAUUCAGGCUGCUCAAGAGGAGGAGAACUCUGGAAAAGAAAAUAAGGUCAAUUAA